AUGCCCAGACGCGCCACCAUCCCCUCGCCAAUCCGCGAAGCACUCAUCGAAUGCUUUCGCGCAAUCACCCGUCUUGUCAGGCCCGAUCGUCGUCGUCAGCUAAAGACUGAGGACGUGGAUGUUGCGGCCCCUCCAGGCCCGAUCAUUGACAUCCUGGAGGCGAUAGCGGCCGGCGCCCCCAGCUUCAGUCUCGAGACCGACGGCAAGAUCUCGUUUGAUGCGCCCCAAGGAUUCAAAGUCAGAGUCGAUCUCCUCGAGAUCGGCGGCGAGUUGGGAUGCGUCGAGCGGAUUCACGCGACGGAACCUUUUUACGAGGGUUCUGUCGCGUCAAGGUCGGAUCUCCUGAGGCUGAGGGCCAUGACGGUGGUUGAUCGAGGAGGUGAUGGUGACGUUCUCGACUUCUUGUGGUUGUUGGAGGUGGUGAAAGCAGGUCAACAUCUUCCGGAGCUAGACAGUCAAGAACUGGAGUGUGUGAUUGGGGCAGCGGAGGCGUGUCUACCAGGGUUGGGUCAACUAGCUGCUGUCGCCGUUUUGGGCGAGCGGGAUAGCGCUGCUGCUUUGCAGCUGUAA